UGCAGAAUAAUAGGGAAAAUUCCCACUACAGCCGCGAGGGGAUCGUCGUUCUUGAACAAAUCCACGCCUUUUUUAUGAAUUCAAAAGAGAAUGGAGAAUUUAGGAGGUGAAGAACAACGAUGUGCGGUUGUGGCCACAAAUCGACUCCAAAAUUAGGAGAAUAUUCCUUCAAUAGACGCCCACUUAUACCGACCUUUCCAUUUAAACGCCCCGACAUCCUCCUUUCCUUCCAAUCCUCUCGAAAAUCCUCACGUUUUCCCCCGCUCUGCCUUGCCCUUCCCUUUCUUCUCCGGCGAAAGAAAAGGUAACCCAGCAUCCCCACUGCAUCAUGAAGGAGUUCAAAGCAUUAGAUUUGUGUUGGAAUCAAUGAUCAAAAAUAUUAAUUUGAAUAGAAAUUGAACAAGUUUAAAGCCCGCCUUAAUUUUUCCUCCGUUGCGUUCCGAUUUUCUAAUUUUGCCUAUCUUGAAACAGCUCAGAAGGCACAAAGCAGAGGAAGCAAGUCCAGGGAAGAAGACAGAGAGGGGUUGAAAGAUCUCAUUGUUACUCUCGGAUACAAUGGCCAAGGAACAGCUUGAGGUACUCAACGCCCUCGAUGUCGCCAAGACACAAUGGUACCACUUCACGGCGAUCGUCAUCGCCGGAAUGGGUUUCUUCACCGAUGCUUAUGACCUCUUCUGCAUCUCUCUGGUCACAAAAUUGCUCGGCCGCAUCUAUUACCACGUCGACGGGUCCCCGACCCCUGGCUCCCUCCCUCCCCAAGUUUCCGCUGCUGUCAACGGCGUCGCCUUCUGCGGCACUCUCAGCGGCCAACUCUUCUUCGGUUGGCUCGGCGAUAAGUUGGGCCGCAAAAAGGUUUAUGGCAUGACCCUCAUGCUCAUGGUUAUCUGCUCCGUAUUCUCCGGCCUCUCCUUCGGCCAUACCUCUAAAGGCGUCAUGGCUACCCUCUGUUUCUUCCGCUUCUGGCUCGGCUUCGGCAUUGGCGGAGACUAUCCUCUUUCCGCCACCAUCAUGUCCGAAUACGCAAAUAAGAAAACCCGCGGAGCUUUCAUUGCCGCCGUGUUCGCGAUGCAGGGGUUUGGCAUUUUGGCCGGCGGUAUGGUUGCCAUCGCUGUCUCCGCCGCUUUUAAAAAUCACUUCCCUGCACCUGCCUAUGCCGUCGACCCUAUUGCCUCCACAGUCCCGGAGGCGGAUUAUGUCUGGCGCAUAAUCGUCAUGGUCGGUUCUGUCCCCGCCGCGCUCACCUAUUACUGGCGAAUGAAGAUGCCGGAGACAGCGCGCUACACCGCCCUUAUCGCCAAGAACGCCAAGCAGGCAGCUUCUGACAUGUCUAAGGUCCUCCAGGUGGAGAUCGAGGAAGAGCCGGACAAGAUCGUGCGAAUCAUUCGAAACGAAGCUAACAGCUUCGGGCUAUUUUCGAAAGAGUUCAUCCGCCGUCAUGGCCUCCACCUCGUCGGUACCACGACCACAUGGUUUCUCCUUGACAUCGCUUUCUACAGCCAGAAUCUCUUUCAAAAAGACAUUUUUAGCGCGAUUGGGUGGAUCCCAAAGGGGGCAACCAUGAAUGCACUCGAGGAGGUCUUCCGCAUCGCGCGUGCGCAGACCCUCAUCGCCCUCUGCGGCACCGUACCUGGCUAUUGGCUCACCGUCGCGUUAAUCGACUUCAUCGGGCGUUUCACAAUUCAAAUGUUGGGUUUUGCGAUGAUGACUCUGUUCAUGCUGGGCCUAGCCAUUCCCUACACUUACUGGACGACACCAGGCCAUCACAUUGGUUUCAUUAUAAUGUAUGGAUUCACAUUUUUCUUUGCCAAUUUUGGGCCUAACAGCACUACCUUUAUCGUUCCGGCAGAGAUUUUUCCGGCGAGGCUGAGGUCAACCUGUCAUGGGAUAUCAGCGGCGAGCGGCAAGCUGGGCGCGAUCAUUGGCUCAUUUGGCUUUCUUUAUCUUGCGCAGAAUCCCGAUCCGGCGCGGGCUGACCACGGUUAUCCUCCUGGUAUUGGUGUUAGGAAUUCGCUCUUCCUGCUCGCAGGCUGCAAUCUUGUCGGUAUGUUAUUAACGUUUUUGGUGCCGGAAUCCAAGGGGAAAUCGCUUGAGGAAAUUUCAGGCGAGAACGAUGAAGAAGUUUAAGGAAGAUGAAAUUGGCACUUCGUGGAUUCCCUUCCCUUUGAGUCGAUCGCUCGUUGGUUUAAGCCAUAUCGUGCGAGGAUUACGUUCGCUAGGGAUCCACGGGACGUUCUCGGAACC